AGCCAACAUGUAUAGGGCGGGAGCGGCGGUACAGCGCCAUGGGCGGGCACUCUCAACGGUGGGCCGCCGGACGCUCAACAGCAGCAAGAGGUCCCCCCCGGACACCCCUCCCCUGGCCCCCCUCACAGCCCUCCGCCACGUGCACACCACGGCGCCCGCAGCCAAGAAGGACGAGAAGGACAGGAAGACCCCCAGACCGACCCUGACGAAGCGCAUCCCGACGCCCGAGGUGAAGAAGGCGGCGGCGAAGGUCGCGGGCUGGAAGGAGACGUGGGACCCCAAGAAGCCGUCCAGCGCCUCUCAGGCCAUCGCGGCGGCCCUGGGGAAGAAGGGCGCGGAGGAGAAGGCGCCCGAGGCCUCGGCAGCCUUCAAGGGCGCCACGCUCAAGGACAUCAUUGCCGCGCAGCCGGAGAUCCUGCAGCCGGCGAAGAAGAAGGAGGAUUCGUCUUCGGACUCCGACAAGGCAGAGGCAGCUGCACCUGAGCCUGUGAAGGAAACAGCAGGAAAGGAUCCAGUCAAGGAAGCAGAACCAGCUGCUGCAGCUGCGCCAGAACCAGUCAAGGAAGCAGAACCAGCUGCUGCUUCACCAGAACCAGCUGCUGCUGCUGCUCCAGAACCAGCUGCAGCUGCUCCAGAACCAGUCAAGGAAGCAGAACCAGCUGCUGCUGCUGCUCCAGAACCAGCUGCUGCUGCACCAGAACCAGCUGCUGCUGCUCCAGAACCAGCUGCUGCUGCUCCAGAACCAGCUGCUGCUGCGCCAGAACCAGCUGCUGCUGCUCCAGAACCAGCUGCUGCUGCUCCAGAACCAGCUGCAGCUGCUCCAGAACCAGUCAAGGAAGCACAACCAGCUGCUGCAGCUGCGCCAGAACCAGCAGCUGCUGCACCAGAACCAGUCAAGGAAGCAGAACCAACUGCUGCUGCUCCAGAACCAGCUGCUGCUGCUCCAGAACCAGCUGCUGCUGCUGCUCCAGAACCAGCUGCUCCUGCUCCAGAGCCAGCUGCUGCUGCUCCAGAACCAGUCAAGGAAGCAGAACCAGCUGCUGCUGCUCCAGAGCCAGCUGCUGCUGCACCAGAACCAGCUGCUGCUGCUCCAGAACCAGCUGCUGCUGCUCCAGAACCAGCCGCUGCUGCUCCAGAACCAGCUGCUGCUGCUCCAGAACCAGCCGCUGCUGCUCCAGAACCAGCCGCUGCUGCUCCAGAACCAGCUGCUGCUGCUCCAGAACAG